UCCCGCCCCACCGCCCGCCCUCUUCUCCUGACCUUUCCGAAGAGGAAGUGGCAGGGCGACCCCGGAUGGAAAGCGGGGAGCGGUAGCGCCUCAUUUCCUUCGAGCGGGAGGCAAACGUCUCCGCUUCGGGGGACCAGGAGGCUGUAACAGGAGAACAAGCUCUUCAGCUAAUAUGGCUGAGGUAGUAGAGAGUGGAAAGCAUAAGAGAAAGUUUGUUGAAGAAGAUGAUAGCGUAACUACUAAACGCCCACAUACCGAUUCUCUUGUUGAAAAUGAUGAUAAAAUUGCAGAUAAAAAGUCUUGUGAUGAAGGUCAAACAGGAGAUAAAAACACUCUCAAUCGUGAAAUAGAAACUGAAGAAGUUCGUAAAAGGAAAAGACAUACAGAAGCUGUAGCAGCACAUUAUAAUAAGCUUGAAGAGGUUGGAUUGGAACAACGUAGCAUGAGUCGCAUCGUCUAUCUCCGAAAUUUUAACAAUUGGAUAAAAAGUGUGCUUAUUGGUGAAUUCCUUGAUAGGGUACGACAGAGAAAACAAAACAUUACAGUGUUAGACUUGGGAUGUGGUAAAGGUGGGGACUUGCUGAAAUGGAGAAAAGGCCGAAUAAGUAGGCUUGUAUGUACAGAUAUUGCUGGUGUAUCUGUACAACAGUGUGAACAGCGUUAUCAAGAUAUGAGAAACCGUGGUCGCCAGAAUGAUAGAUUUUUUAGUGUAGAAUUUGUAACUGCUGAUAGUACCAAGGAACUUCUGUCUAAAAAGUACAGGGAUAGCAAUAUGUACUUUGACAUUUGCAGUUGUCAGUUUGUGUAUCAUUAUUCAUUUGAGACCUAUGAGCAAGCAGAUAUGAUGCUUAAAAAUGCUUGUGAGCAGCUUUCCCCAGGAGGAUACUUCAUUGGCACAACUCCAGAUAGUUAUGAACUUGUAAAACGCCUUGAGUCUUCAGAAACAAACUCAUUUGGGAAUGAAAUUUAUACUGUGAAGUUUCAGAAGAAGGGAGAUUAUCCCUUGUUUGGUUGCAAAUAUGACUUCCACUUGGAACAAGUGGUUGAUGUCCCAGAAUUCCUGGUUUAUUUUCCACUGCUGGUGGACAUGGCAAAGAAGUAUGGAAUGAAACUACUCUACAAAAAAACUUUUUGGGAGUUUUAUGAAGAAAAAGUGAAGAAUGUGGAACAUAAAAUACUUCUGCAACAAAUGAUGGCAUUGGAGAAAUACCCUGCUGAUGAAGGUUCCAGAUCGGCCUCACAUAUAAAAGAGGAUUAUGAGCAUGCAGAAAUGUUUAAGAGGGAUGGAAAAGCAAAGCUUCCUUUUGGAACACUGAGUAAACCUGAAUGGGAAGCAGCAAGUAUAUACUUGAUUUUUGCAUUUGAAAAACUUUAAAAGGAAAAAGAAAACAAUGAAAUACAGAUGAAAUGAUCUAGCAUCCAAAGGGACAGCUAAUUUUAUAUUUUUAUGUUUGAGAGUGUGCAGGACACAACCAAAAUUGGGGAAGCUUACGUUUGAGUUAUGGCUGCCUAUCUGUGACAGAUGGAAUUUGUGUGUGUGUGUGUGUGUGGUACGUAUAUGUGUUAUAUAACCAUGAAAUAGGAAUUGGAAUUUACCUUUUGUGUGGGAUGGUUGAGUUCCUACUGUUAACAAAACAUGAGUUUUCUGGAAUACUUAGGGUGUUUUCAGGCUACUUAUUGCUACUUAUUGACUCCUUAAAGCUGUAUCAUGACAGUUGUCACAGUACUGUAUGAAGAACUGAUCAUAAUGUAGUAGUAUGAUAAUGUAAGUGUUGCCAGCUAAAACAUUUAAGGAAUCAGGGAUUUGAUAAUUACAUUCCCAGGGACUACAAAUAAGCAGCUCUACUUACUGUUACAGUUGUUGCAAAAUAAACUUCCAAGUGAUUAUCACCUGAGAUCCCCUGUCGCAAGAUGUUGUUGGGUUGUAUACAGUUGUAGGCUAGUAAAUUUGUAAGCACUGAAGUGUAAGCCUGGAUCCAGUAGCCAUUGCAAUCAAUAGAAAUGUUGUUACCCUGUUUUAGAACUAUAUUAGUGGGUAUUUCCUUUCAGACAACUUGUAAAGGAGUUUAAGUGAUUCCAAAGCUCUUGCAUGCUUGCAAGCUCUGUGUGUAUCAGGAUACCAGAAAUUCAUUAUUCAUGGCUUGGAUUUUCUAUUUCACAAUACAGUAUUUUCAGUGCUAAAUUAAUUGUGGUUGGUAUGUAAGGUGGGUAAUAUUUGGAGAGAUACUAAUUUGCUGUUUGUACUCCUUAGUGUGUAAUUUCUUUUCAAAUAGGAAAUGAAAAUUAAAGAUAUUUCUGUUCUUAUCAUUUAACUGUA